AGAUUUCUGUACUUAUUUUGAAAAGUCGUACCGGAUAUGGAAUCCCUCGCUACGGGUAACUAACUAACUUGACUCGCUGUAGUCAGUCAGUUGAGUCGCGGUGCCGCUGCUGGGCAUAUUAGCAGUGAAAAGAUUUGUAAACUGGAGCCUGCCUAACAAACCGCUUUUUUUAGGGUUAAACCCCAAGAGUAAAGAACUGCAAAACCUACUCAAGGACUUGUGCACUGACUGUAAUCUUAGGCAGCAGCGAUGUCGGGCGCCUACGAUGACUCCAUGAUUGAUGUCUCCAGUGAUAGCUUCUGGGAGGUUGGCAACUACAAACGCACAGUAAAGCGGGUAGAUGAUGGCAACCGGGUGUGUAAUGACCUCAUGAGCUGUAUCCAUGAACGUGCUCGUAUUGAAAAGGCCUACGCUCUGCAGCUCACAGAAUGGGGAAAGCGCUGGCGGCAACUUAUAGAGAAGGGCCCCCAGUAUGGCACGUUGGAGAGAGCAUGGACCGCCCUGUGCACCGAGGCAGAGAAGGUCAGCGAGCUCCACAUGGAGGUGAAAGCGGGAUUAAUGAGCGAAGACUAUGAGAAGCUGAAGAACUGGCAGAAGGACGCAUAUCACAAACAGAUGAUCGGUGGCUACAAAGAAACAAAGGAGACUGAAGACGGUUUCCGCAAGGCUCAGAAACCGUGGGCCAAGAAACUGAAAGAGGUAGAGACAAUGAAGAAAUUGUACCACUCAGCCUGCAAAGAAGAAAAGCUGGCAGCCAGCAGGGAAACCAGCAGCAAACUGGAGAGCAACAACAAUCCAGAUACCCAGAAGAAACUCCAGGAAAAAGUGGACAAAUGUCAGCAGGAGGUUCAGAAGACCAAAGAACGCUAUGAGAAAUCCCUGGAAGAGCUCAAAAAAUUGAACCCUCAGUAUAUGGAAAACAUGGAGCAGGUGUUUGAUCAAUCGCAGCAAUUUGAAGACAAACGGAUUUGCUUCUUUAAAGAGCUGCUUCUGGAGGUUAAGAAGCACUUGGACCUCUCUACCAACUCCAGAUUCCAGACAAUUUACCAGACACUUGAGGACACCAUCUCUGGUACUGAUGCUGAGGACGACCUGAAAUGGUUCCGAUCCAAUCACGGGCCUGGCAUGCCAAUGAACUGGCCACAGUUUGAGAAUAUGGACUGUGAACAACCUGGCUCCUUUAAGAGAAGGUCCAUUGUAGACUGGUCCGUAGAUCUGAACCGAACUCUCAGCAGGCGAGAGAAGAAGAAACCAUCUGAGGGUGUUACACUGACAGCCAUCAGUCAGACUGGGUCGGACCAGCCUGUUCAGCCUGCCAAGUCCAGCAGCAGCCUGACUGUGCCCACUAAAACAGAACCAGUGGGUACAAAUCCAUUUGAAGAAGAUGAGGAGGAAGAGGAAGAGGAGGAGAUGGCUGAGGAAGAGCAGACCACAGUCAACCACAUCACUGUGAAUAAAGAGAAAAUAAAAACUGCCAACAGCACCGAGAAGACUCCAGACUGGUCAGAUGAGGACACAGCCGGGAACCCUUUUUCCGCCAACGGUGAUGGCAAUCCUUUUGAGGAAGAACCCGAGUCUCUGGUCAUUUCUGUACCCGUCAAAGCCCUCUACGAUUAUGAAGGACAAGAGCAGGACGAGCUGAGCUUCAAAGCAGGUGAUGAAUUUACAAAAAUUGGAGAAGAGGAUGAUCAAGGCUGGUGCAAAGGCCGACUCAAGGAUGGGAAAAUGGGUCUCUAUCCUGCCAAUUAUGUGGAAGACCUCCAGUAAAGAGCUUUGCCAUAUGCAACAAAUGUGAAGAAAGAAUGGCUUUGGUGUUACCACGUGUCGAAAGAAGAGGCUGACCACGUUACCAGAUGGGACCAGGCUGAUCGUGGAGAACAGCUGCUAUCAGUCUAAGAUGUUACAAAAAAUCACAUUAAUGCUGUUACAAAAGAGCUAUUCAAAUCUGUAUUAGAUGGGAUUCAAUGAAAUGUGUGUUAAUAGAUGUGUAAAUAUGAAUAUAUAUAUAUAUAUAUUGUUAAAACAAAACACUGGGAUGACAACCUGCCUUGUGACGUCAAAUGCAGCCUUAAUAUUUAAACCUUUUUUAAUUCAUUAAGGGGGACUUUUAGUUCAUAUUGAUAAUAGAAUCCAGUCCAUGAAUAUAUCAUAAAUUUCUCUACAUAAUAUCGACCCCUAUGUCUAUCCUUUUUAAAUUUGCUCUUACAUUUUGUUUGUUUUGCUUAUUAUAAGAAAAUAUUUUGAGCUAAUGAGCCUCAUCCUUUCAUCAUCUUCAUUCCUUCUUUAAGGUUUCAGGUUAUUGCAGAUGAAUGUAUAUUCAGUGAUUGUAUUUUUUUGACAUAUUGACUGCUCAAAUUAAGAAAUGCAAGAUAUUUCCAACCACUGACCUUUUGUUUUCCUUAAGCAUUUGUUCUGAUGACGUACACACAGAUUGCAUAAUUUUGUAGUUCAUGCAACACUGAAUGUUUUGCUCACUUGAAUCCUCCUGUUUUAGUUCUUCUCCAGUUCAAUAUUUUAGUGCUUGUUUUAGCAAUAAAAGCACAUGCAAGCCAACUGUUGCAGACAUGGAUAUGUAUAAAUGCUGGGAUUAAGCAUAAUGCAACAGAUUAAGCAUUGCAAAGAAAUGACAUGUUUGGAAAUGGAUUCAUUUAUGAAGCCACAAGUGCUCAUGUUCUACUCUUGUUAUAAUGCUGUAAUUUAAAUACUUUUGUACAUCAAAUUAUUGUUUUACGGCCGUUACUGUGUUAUAUUUGUAAAUAGGUUUGUUUUUCAGACCAUUCACAUUCUGAUACAUGAGUAAUUUCUAAUUUCCUCCUAAAAUCUUUGACAUGAAUUUAUAAAUAUAUAUAUUUCUAACAACCCUAAUGCACAUUUUGAUGAUUUUCUCUUUCUUCAGAAAUAUACUUCAUCCUGUUCAUAACUUCUACAUACCUGACAUUGAAUUAGAUGUCCUUUUUUUCUCUCUUUAAAACUGUUGUGAAAUGUUUUCAGGGUGGGCUGCUGUCAGUCGGCAGUAACAGCUGUACUUGCACAUUGGAUGUUUGUAAAUGUUGUAUCACAACAUAAUAAAUAGAUAUAUUCAGCAAAA